UCCCGGCCCGGGGGUGCGCCGAGGUUUUUGAGCUGACUCACAGCCCCAAGUAGUCACUGUCCCAGGCUGACCUUUGUCCAGCUGUUCCCUCCCCGUUCUGCUUUCCUGGCCCUUGAAAUCUUCUCUCCGAACCAGGUCCAGCGCAGCUGCGAGCUGUCUUCCUGCACACGGAGCACGAACAGAGGAGGUCGAAGACGGUCACGCAAGCCGACAUGAAGGUGGAAUUACUCCCAGCCCUCACAGACAACUACAUGUACCUCCUCAUUGAUGAGGAAACGAAGGAGGCUGCAAUAGUUGAUCCUGUGCAGCCCCAGAAGGUGUUGGAUGCAGUCAAAAAGCACGGCGUGAAGCUGACCACCGUCCUGACCACACAUCAUCACUGGGACCAUGCUGGAGGAAAUGAGAAGCUCGUAAAGAUGGAGACGGGGUUGCGUGUGUAUGGGGGAGACAGCAGAGUUGGAGCACUGACACAGAAAGUGUCUCACCUUACAUCACUCAAGGUGGGAUCUCUUAAUGUGAAAUGCCUCUGUACGCCGUGUCACACUUCUGGACACAUCUGUUAUUAUGUGACUAAGCCAAAUAGCUCCGAGCCACCUGCUGUUUUUACAGGUGACACGCUGUUUGUGGCUGGUUGUGGAAAGUUCUUCGAGGGAACCCCGGAGGAAAUGUACAGAGCACUGAUUGAGAUUUUGGGCAACUUGGACCCCAAAACGAGAGUUUACUGCGGUCACGAAUACACGAUCAACAAUCUUAAGUUUGCUCGACAUGUUGAACCCGAUAACGUCACUAUCCAAGAAAAGCUUGCUUGGGCCAAGGCAAAGUAUGACAGCGGUGAGCCAACCAUACCCUCCACCAUUGCAGAAGAGUUUACGUACAACCCCUUCAUGCGAGUGAGGGAGAAGACAGUUCAGCAGCAUGCUGGGGAGACCGACCCCAUCCGAACCAUGGGGGCCAUCAGAAAAGAGAAGGAUAACUUCCGAGUCCCGAAGGACUGAGCACUCUGCCUGGGUCACUUUAAUGUCAGUUUAGGUGUAAUUUAGACUAUUCAGAUGUUUUAGGAGUUGAACCUUCUGUUGUGGUUGAGACAGUCAUAUUUAGGUUUUAGUUUUGUUUUAAUUAAG